AUGACUACGGCGUCUUCAUCAUCUUCAAUUGCAGAAGAAUCAUCGAUAAUCAUCCCUAUCGUUCUCUCCCAAAAAGGAAAACCUAUGAUUGAAUUGAAUAAGUAUUUAUUCAAAUCAAACAAAGAGGGCGAAACCAGCAAAUAUUGGAUCUGUACGUUCAAUGAUUGUUCGACCAAAAUUCAUACUAAUCUAAACAAUGAUUUUAUUCGACAAAUCACUGAACAUUGUCACCCUGCAGAAGAAGACAAAACUGUUCGUGAAUUCUGUGAAUGUGUCAAACAACGAGCUAUUCUAGAGACAAUACCCAUUCCACGUAUAUACGAUGAAGAAUGUGAAAAGAUUUUGUUGUCACUCGCAGCAAUAUCGAUUUUAGCGAGCGAAAGGGAGAUGAGUAGUGCAAUCAAUAAAGCACGUCAUCGCGGUACGCCUAUUAUCCCCACAACUCAUAUGUUUGAAAUACCUGACGUAUUUACACAGACAUUGAGAGAGAAUGCCUUUUGA